AUGGCUGUGAGUGGCGCUCCCCCACGCCCCGGUUCCGCGUUCUUUGUGUCUCUGGACCGCUCUCGCGCGCGUGCAUCUCUAUGGUUUCCGUUGUGUUUUGUCCGGAAUAGGAGGAGCUUCCGGUUCCGGUGGGCGGCUGUAGCGACGGAGAUGGCGGCGGCGGCGGCGACGGCGGCGGAGUCUGUGGCCUCCGGCUCUGGAGAGCCCCGAGAAGAGGCCGAAGCUCCGGGCCUCGCCUGGGAUGAGUCCCAGCUGCGUAGUUAUAGCUUUCCGACUCGGCCCAUCCCCCGUCUGAGUCAGAGCGACCCCCGGGCGGAGGAGCUUAUCGAGAAUGAGGAGCCUGUGGUGCUGACAGACACAAAUCUUGUGUAUCCUGCUCUGAAAUGGGACCUCGAAUACCUGCAGGAGAACAUUGGCAACGGAGACUUCUCUGUGUACAGUGCCAGCACCCACAAGUUCUUGUACUAUGAUGAGAAGAAGAUGGCCAAUUUCCAGAACUUUAAGCCCAGGUCCAACAGGGAGGAAAUGAAAUUUCACGAGUUUGUUGAGAAACUGCAGGAUAUACAGCAGCAAGGAGGGGAAGAGAGGUUGUAUCUGCAGCAAACGCUCAAUGACACUGUGGGCAGGAAGAUCGUCAUGGACUUCUUGGGUUUUAACUGGAACUGGAUUAAUAAGCAACAGGGAAAGCGUGGCUGGGGACAACUGACAUCCAACCUACUGCUCAUUGGCAUGGAAGGAAAUGUGACACCUGCUCACUAUGAUGAGCAGCAGAACUUCUUUGCUCAGAUAAAAGGCUACAAGCGAUGCAUUUUAUUCCCUCCGGAUCAGUUUGAGUGCCUGUACCCAUAUCCUGUUCAUCACCCAUGUGACAGACAGAGCCAGGUGGACUUUGACAAUCCUGACUACGAGAGGUUCCCCAAUUUCCAGAACGUGGUUGGUUAUGAAACAGUGGUUGGCCCUGGUGAUGUUCUUUACAUCCCAAUGUACUGGUGGCAUCACAUAGAGUCAUUACUAAAUGGGGGGAUUACCAUCACUGUGAACUUCUGGUAUAAGGGGGCCCCCACCCCUAAGAGAAUUGAAUAUCCUCUCAAAGCCCAUCAGAAAGUGGCCAUAAUGAGAAACAUUGAGAAGAUGCUUGGAGAGGCCUUGGGGAACCCACAAGAGGUGGGGCCCUUGUUGAACACAAUGAUCAAGGGUCGAUACAACUAGCCUGCCAGGAGUCGAGGCCUCCUGCCAGGUGACUGCUAGCCCGUCCACACCGCUUCAUUGAUGAGGACAGGAGACUCCAAGCGCUAGUAUUGCAC